AUGGCGGUGGAAAAGAAAUACAUUACCAGCGAGGACCUCAAGCAGCACAACAAGCCCGGCGACCUCUGGAUCUCGAUCCAGGGGAAAGUCUACGACGUCUCCGAGUGGGUGAAGCGGCACCCGGGCGGCGAGGUAGCCAUCGCCAACGUCGCCGGCCAGGACGUCACCGACGCAUUCAUAGCCUACCACCCGGGCACCGCCUGGAAGAAUCUCGACCCGCUCUUCACCGGCUACCACCUCGAGGACUACGCCGUCUCCGACGUCUCCAAGGACUACCGCCGCCUCGCCGCCGAGUUCUCCAAGCUGGGCCUCUUCGACAAGAAAGGGCACGUCGCCGUCUCGGCACUCGCCGCCGUGGCGGCCCUGUUCGCGAUGGUGGUAUACGGCGUCGUCUGCUGCGAUUCCCCCUGGGCCCACUUUGGAGCGGCGACGCUGCUAGGGUUUCUCUGGAUCCAGAGCGCGUACGUGGGUCACGAUUCGGGUCACUACCAGGUCAUGACGACCCGAGGCUACAACAAGCUCGCCCAGCUCCUCGCCGGCAACUGCCUCACCGGGAUCAGCAUCGCGUGGUGGAAGUGGACGCACAACGCCCACCAUCUGGCGGUGAACAGCCUCGAUUACGAUCCAGAUCUGCAGCACAUCCCUGUUUUCGCAGUCUCGACCCGGCUAUUCAAAUCGAUCCGAUCCGUCUUCUACGGGAGGAAUUUGGAUUUCGAUCCGGUGGCGAGGUUCCUCGUCAGCUACCAGCACUGGACGUUCUACCCGGUAAUGUGCGUCGCCAGGGUGAAUCUCUACCUCCAGACCUUCAUCCUCUUGUUUUCCCCCAAACGAAUUGUCCCCGAUAGAGCGUUGAACAUAGCCGGGAUUUUGGUUUUCUGGACCUGGUUCCCUCUUUUGGUUGCUUGCUUGCCCAAUUGGCCGGAGAGGUUCAUGUUCGUGCUGACUUCCUUCGCGGUGACAUCGAUCCAGCAUGUUCAGUUUUGUCUCAACCAUUUCCCGGCGAAUGUGUACAUGGGUCCGCCGAGGGCGAACGAUUGGUUCGAGAAGCAGACGAGGGGCACGGUGGACAUCUCGUGCCCGUCGUGGAUGGAUUGGUUCCACGGCGGGCUGCAGUUCCAGCUGGAGCACCAUCUGUUCCCCAGGCUGCCGAGGUGCCAGCUGAGGAAAGUGUCGCCGGUGGUUCAGGAUCUGUGCAAGAAGCACAACCUGCCGUACCGGAGCUACUCGUUCUUGGAGGCGAACGUGUGGACGAUCAAGACGUUGAGGGCGGUGGCGGUGCAGGCGAGGGAUCUGGCGAAUCCUGUGCCCAAGAACAUGGUGUGGGAAGCUGUUCAUACUCACGGUUGA